AUGGCAUCGCUAGAACCUGGCCCCUCUGUGCCAACCGCCAGUGCACAUCCACCUGGCACUGCACCAGCAGACCUAACUUCUGGUGCCAUUUCUGCUACCGUUGAAGAGAAAUUUUAUGAUCCUCAGCGCCUUGAUCUACUCAAUCGUCUAGUUCAACUGAUAGGAUUAACGUCUUUCCCCUCCGCCUGGGCUUGCCUAUGGCUGUCCGACAUCGAACGGUUUGAGACUUUGAUUCACGCAGUCACCGCAGAUCCUGCCUCUGGCCAUACGACCCUUCGUGGACAUUUAGAAACCAAUAACCUCAUAACAUUGCUGCCUACUUGGCUGUCAAAAACUCGCAACGUGCAACAGUCGAACGCCAGCACUUCGAUUCCGACGAUUUCUGGGUCAAAUGUGGCCAUCCCAUCAACCCUGAAACGCAAACUAGACGAAUUGGAAAUGUCUGGGGGCUCUCGGAAACGAUCUGCACAGGCAGUCACAACAUGCAACGAGAGAGAUGGGAAUGCCUGUGUUUUGACUAAAGACGGCACACACGACGUGGCGCAUAUAUACCCGUUCAGUCUACACAACAGUCGUCCGGAUGACACUUUUCGUACUAGCUUUUGGGCACUAUUAGGCACGUUUUGGUCCGAACGCCGCCUUCAGUCCUGGAAACAAGCAGUCUUUCCCAACGGGGGUUAUGACGAACUUUGUUACAAUAUGAUCAGCCUUUCUCCAAGUGCACAUCGGUACUAUGGUAAAGCGUACUUCGUUCUCAAGCCGAUCUCCCUUUCUGAUGACCAGAAACGAUUUGUCGUUCAGUUUUUCUGGUUAUCCUGCGGAGAUUUCAGAGGAAAUCCCAGGUCUUUGGUAAUUCUGGAAACCAGGCCACCGCUGGGCGUUAUGGGUUCUGUGGGACCUGCUCGUUCUCGAUUGUGGAAUCAUGAAACCGGAGAGCCAAUCCGUUCUGGCGACAUGAUUACCUUGGAGACCCACGAUCCUAUUUCUCACCCCCUGCCAGAAUGGGAAAUCAUGGAGAUGCAGUGGUUCCUCCACCGGGCAGCAGCCAUCAGUGCAGCUGCUGAUGUGAACGAUGACUAUUAUGACGAUGACGGCAAUGUGAUUGGGGCACUAGCUAAGGACCUCGCCGAAAUGGAGGAUGACGACUACGUGACUGAAUUUGGAUCUACCUAUAGUGAACCUGAAUCACACUCGUCUGAUCCGUCUUCUGUCUCGACUGGCUUGCAUAAAGCGACUGCCGGUGCACGUUCUUCACUUGAUACCGUGACCGAAUCUUCGAUGGACGUCGAAGGUCAGUGA